AUGUCACGCGCCCCAGCCGGUUUCGCAGACUUCUUCCCGACUGCUCCGUCGGUUUUACAAAAGAAGCGUAGCAAGCCGGUUCAAGACAAACAAAGCUUCAGCAAACCUAAGCUGAAUGAGAGCGCUUCAAGCCUUGGUCUGCCAUCUGUCGCCGGAAGCGAUGGUGGGGUGAAUACAUCAACAAAUGGGGAUGUGGAUGGACAGCCCGAACAGGUUUUCCAUCCAGCCCACGGAGAGACAAAUUUCGGACCCGGUGAUACGAAUGCGGUAGUUUCUUCUGGGCCCCUCAGCACCGACUCGUUGGGCUUUAGCUCUACUUCCGUCGCCGUGCCUGUUGGAUCUACAAAGCCCAAUGGAGUACAUGCCGAUGUCCUCACGCCUUUGACAAGCACCGACUCUUCACCUCCGGAUAAGAUUGGAAGUCCUCUGGGUUCUAAGCCAAACUCCGCGGAUCCCUCACAACCACGCCCGUCCUGUGAAGCUCUUAACAAGCCGGAGACUGUGACGAUAACCCCACUCCAUACCCCUCCCACUCCACGGUUACAAGCCCGUCCACCAAGAAAUGAAAUCAAGGGAUACAAAAUAACGUAUGAUCCGGACCUGGAUAGGAAGUUAUCCAAAGAUAAACGGAGAAGGCCACAGUAUGAUCCUUUCGGUAUCAGUGACGAAAAGGAAACGUCGAUAUGCGAUCCUCGUUUAGGCGUUGCAAAUUAUACACGGGGCUCUGCCUGUAAGCAAAAGACCAAGUACCGGCCGGCACCCUAUAUCCUUCGACCUUGGGCAUACGAUCCUGCAACCUCUGUCGGGCCUGGCCCUCCAACACAGAUAGUAGUAACCGGUUUUGACCCUUUGACGCCAAUAACCUCUAUUAACGCUCUAUUUUCUAGUUUUGGGGAGAUUGCGGACAUCAAUAACCGAACAGAUCCGAUGACUGGCAGGUUUCUCGGUGUUUGUUCCAUUAAAUACAAGGAUAGCCGGGCUUUUCGCGGCGGUAUAUCCAUAUCCGCUGCUCAAGCGGUCAGAAGGGCCUACCUUGAAUGCAAGAAAGAGCAACGAAUUGGCAUACAUCGAAUUCGGGUUGAGGUAGAUCGAAAUGGCGCUGUCAGUGACCGAAUGGCGGCGAGAAUUAUCGCUUCCCAAAGAGCUGAAUUUCCAGCCCUCGAAGAAACAAGAAAAGUUCUAACGAGCAAUAACGAUAAUUCGCCGCCAAUCGGUACCGGCCAAAAAAGAGAAAGCGAGCAGUCAAGCGAUAACCUUCCUCCCCCUACCGCCCCUAAAGGCCCUUCAGGCAAAUCUUCCCUCCACCCUUCACUCCUAGCUUCCGAUGGUUCACGAGGGAUUUUGAAGUCACCGAUGCCCUCAAGGGUCGAAGAGGCACCUGUUCUGCAACAGAUAAAACGUGACCCGUAUAUAUUCAUUGCGCAUUGUUAUGUACCGGUUCUCAGCACAACAGUUCCUCACUUAGAGCGGCGAUUAAAACUUUACGAUUGGAAGGCUGUUCGGUGCGACAAAACCGGCUACUAUGUUGUCUUUGAAAAUUCGCGUCGUGGUGAACUAGAAGCGGAGCGAUGCUACAAAAUGUGCCACAUGACGGCGCUUUUCACUUAUGUUAUGAACAUGGAAUGCCAGCCAUACGGGAAUCCAUGCUACGAAAGAAGUCCGAGUCCCGAGCGCCUGAAAGCAGAGCAACAACGGAAAUUAGAGAAGGAGAGACUAGAAAAAGAAGCUGAAUUAGAUAUUGAAGAAGAAAAACGAUUGCGAGUGGAAAAUCUCGAUCCUACGCGAGAGGCCCUCAGUGUUCUCAUUAGUGAACUGAGAGACAAACUACUUGAAGAUGUCAAGUCGCGUGUGGCAGCUUCAGCUCUCUAUGAUUUUCUUGACCCCGACCGCCAUAGCGCAAAGCGGCAAAAGCUUGGGAUUCCGGAGCCUGACGGUGCAAAGCGACCUGGAUUUAGGAUCGAUUCGUCUAACAAUAUUGCCGCAAUCGCGGGCUCCCCGUCCGAUGCAUAUCCCAGUCAUCACCGUCCGCUCGGGCCUUCCAAUAUGAAUGUGUUAGCACUCCCUCGUAUCAGAAAAGUCAAAGGAUUUGACCCGGGUAACGCUGUAUUCAUUGAUGAAAGACGCAGAGCAAAACCAAGGAAAAGGGAGUUUAGGCCGUUAUACCACCGUCUUCAACAAUUGCACGAAGCAGAAGAUUCAGAUGAUGAUCAGCAGGUUUCCUUCCCCCGGGACACAGAGGAGGUGGAAAGUCGCCCUCUCAGUCGAUUAAGUUUAGAAUCUGCUGAAUCCGAUAAUGAAGACGAGCGGAUUCAGGACAUCCAAGGAGAUUUGUCAUUACGAACACCAUUGGCAGAAUCAGAGACCCUAAUAGACGAACCUGGAUUUAAGGAUGGGGAGCAAGGUGCAAUUGAAGCUUUAGAACUGGAGAUCAGCGCACUUCCACCAUCAUCGAAAAAGCGAAAACGAUUAAUCGAUGAUCUUGAAGCACGCAAGCGGAGAAAAGAAGACGAUGAGUUAUUCGAUGUUGACUCGAAACAUUUGCAAACGAUGGUUCGGGACAUUCCACAAGAGCCUCGUUCCUUUUCGCAGCCAGGUGAUUCAAUUGAUACUUUGGACACAAUACCCAUUCCGCUACUCAAAGAGAAGAAAUCUAAAGCGAAAAGGAAGUCCAAAAAGCAAAUCUUUGAAGAGAGGCAAGCCUUGAAGCAAAAGAAUCUUGAUCCAACGAUAUCGUCGUUAUUCAAGGAGGGUUUGCGACCUGUUGAGGCAGAGGAAGUGGAAAUUUCGGAUGAAAUUCUUGAAGAAGAGAGCCCGGAAGUCGAAUGGGGAGUGUCGACGGACGAGCCGCGGCCCACAGCAGAAGAUGAUGACUCAAUGAUACUCGACUUAGACGGCUGGCAAAAUCUCGUGAAAGACGAGGAGGAUAUACGUUACCUUAAAGCCGCCUUAGCGGAAGGCAUCGUUGCGGAUAUUGGAAACUUGACUGCCUGGGCCUGGAAGCAUAAAGAAAUCAAAGCAAUUAAUCGUUGUGGCGACAGAGGCCCUGUCCACUUUGAGACCAAGGUCAACGGCUAUUAUGUCCCGAAUUAUACUGGUUCAGCAAGAACAGAGGGAAGAAGGAGAAUUCGAGAAUCGGAGAAAUCUAAGUAUCUGCCCCAUCGGAUCAAAGUCCAGAAAGCUCGAGAGGAGAGGUUAGCUAGGGCGAACAACGACCCUCAAACAGCAGCAGCUGAAGCGGCAAGACUUCUCGCCGCUAAAUCCCUUUCAAAAUCUACAUCUCGGUCCACCCGUGUAAAUAACCGGCGCCUCAUCGCUGACAUCAAUGCUCAAAAACAGGCGCUUCCUAUGCAAAAUGGUGAUAGCGAUGUCUUGAGGUUUAAUCAGCUGAAGAAGCGUAAAAAACCCGUUAGAUUUGCUCGGUCAGCAAUUCAUAACUGGGGGUUAUACGCCGAGGAGAACAUCACGGCCAAUGAUAUGAUUAUUGAGUAUGUUGGAGAGAAGGUUCGCCAGCAGGUCGCCGACAUGCGCGAAAGGAGGUAUUUGAAGAGCGGAAUUGGGAGCAGCUACUUAUUUCGGAUUGACGAAAAUACCGUUAUCGACGCAACGAAAAGGGGUGGUAUUGCGAGAUUCAUUAAUCAUAGCUGCACUCCGAAUUGUACAGCUAAAAUAAUUAAAGUCGAUGGUAGCAAGCGCAUAGUCAUUUAUGCGCUUCGAGAUAUUGACCGAGGUAACAGUGCUCGACAGAAAUACACACAAGGAUCCGCCUUGAACCUGCUGAGAUCCCCUACUUUCCAACCCGCAACUAGGUACCUUACAAUCAUGACCAUAAGCGUUCUAGGGAAAUUCUUCUGUCUCUUUGCUAUCACUAGCAUGAAACCAGCUGGGCUGGUUGCAGAAAACGAAAAUCGCUCCAAGUUGUGCCUCAAGGCUCAGUGA